CCGCUAAGUGAUAAAGCUAAGCUUCAAAGUAGAACACAUUCAACAUGGCAGCGUCACCGCCGGUGCAGAAGGCUUCCACACAUGUGCCAUCACUCGAUGAAGUUGCUGAUGUUCUCUCCGCCGGAUUGGGCAAGAACUUUGCUGAUGUCAGUGCCAGUGUUGUAGACUGUCCAGACCUCACCAAAAAACCAUUCAUGCUGGUCUCUGAAGGACUAGGAGGCAGCCCGAGGCUGGCAGAUGUAGGAGGACCAGCUUUUCUCACCCCCACUCCACAGUUAGAUAAGAAAUUCACAUUUGCACAAAUCGCCAAAUUGGCAGAGUUACCUGGAGCUUUUAUGAUUGGAGCAGGAGCAGGUCCCUGGGAGCACGUGGGAUGUAACAGCGAGAUGAUGAAUAAUGUAAUAUUGGACUGUGAUGGAGGUGUAGUAAGAAACAAUGCACAUAUUGCUAAAGUCAACCCAGAGAACGAUGGCUGUAUCUUAGAAAAACUAACAGUGGCAGAAUUCAAUUUGAUGGGAAACUUCCUGGUGUCUGAAGGGAAAUGCUGUAAAGUACUAGAGGUGAAGGCCGGAAAGAGGACGGGAGAGGAAAACUUUGUGUCUUGUAUGCGGAAGACCUUACAGAGUUUUUAUCAAGAGAAAAUCGUGGCACUAGGUGGAGUGUUCCUUAUAGAGAAGGGUAAAGCCAAACUCCACAUAAUGCCAGAUUUUUCAAAAGAACCGCUGACAACUCCGAAGCAGGUGGGGGACUGGCUGAAUUUCUACGACAUGUCGGCACCCCUUGUUUGUGUUGGAGAGCUUGUGUCACAUGAUCCGGGCAUGGAUCUCCGGGUGGAACAUUUCCACUGCUUCAGUGAACAUGGAGAGGGAGGACAUUACCACUGGGACAUCACCCCUGAUGAUGUACAGUACCGUGGUUACUUCGUCCUGGCUGACUAUAUCUAUAGGGUGGACCAGCCACCUGUGAUAACAGACCUCGCUCGUUAGGAGGUUUCAUCACCACAUUUGAUUGUUUCUACACUACGAGUCUGUUAAAGUUAUCAUUGGUUAGUGAAAUUUUCAAAUAAAGAUUUUAAAAAUUGCGAAUAUGCUGUAUCAUUUCAUAUUUAUAAAUACCAACAGGGUAGGUAUAUUUUGUUAUGACAGGGUAGGUAUAUUUUGUUGAGACAGGGUAGGUACUUAUUUUGAGUGUUCGUUUUCGAGGCCAUCUUUUCUUAGUGGUAACAAUUUGAUCAUCUUUGUUAAUAAGUGGUACACUUUAACCAAUCAUACGGGGCCUGAUUUCCUUAUGUCACUGAUUGUCACGCAUCUCUGUGGACGUUCCAGAUGGGGCCUGGACAAGAUGUCCUGCCACAGAUAACCAGUUCCUCUUUCCUCAGCUUGUUUAUAGAACUGUAACAUGUCAUACAGACGUGUGUUUUUUAAAGCCAUAUUGUAUCAUGUCUGCUGGUGGUUUACAUAGUGCUACGACAUCGGAAGAUACAUGACUUUGAUAGCAGAGAGAAAAUGUAACCUUGAUCUCACCCGAACGACAGUUACACAAUUAUCAUGAUUUAUCAGUAAUCACUUCUUUUAAUUUAAACAUGCUGCAAUGUCGAACGGAAAAAAUGAUUACAAUAUACAAUGUGCAAUAUAACCUUAUUCAACAGUGUUUAACAGUGGCGAUUACCCCCACCCCGCCACUAAAACUUAACCAGUGAAAACAGAAUGUAUCUGUUAAAUUGUUUCAUGAUUAAGUUAAAAGAUUGUAAUAUUUCUGUGUUGUAUGUCGGUACAUCUAUUCUGGAGCCGAUUCAGUGAUUUAUUAAUGAAAUAAAUGAUAAAG